CAAGCCGCUGUGCGCCGUCGCCGCGGGCCGAGCGCGGGCUGCGGGCGAGCAGGGCGCUGCGCAGACUCCGCAGGCGCGAGCGGGAGGGGUCGGGGCGCGGCGCGGCGCGGCGCGGGCGGCUCCGGGCCCAGGUGAAUGGAGUAACCUGACAGCGGGAACGAGGCGACGGCGAGCGGCAGGAAAUGGCGGCGGCGGCGGCGGCGCCGGGCGGCACCGGGAGGCCUGGGCUGUGACGCGCGCGCCGGAGCGGGGUCCGAUGGUUCUGGAAGGCCCGCGGCGCCCAGUGCUGCAGGUUACCUAGGGUAUGCAUAAAUACAGACUUGGAAACUCUGAAAGACCUUAGAGUCAGCAUUUCGAGAGCUGAAGCUUGGGCAUGCUGUGAGUUACCCAUAAGCUAUCACAAUGUCAGAAUGCAGUUCAGACAGCAGCAGAGCAGCGCUCGCAGACAUUAAAACGUAAGCUGUGCUAGAACAAAAUGCAAUGAAAGAAACACUGGAUGAAUGAAAAGCCCUGCUUUGCAGCCCCUCAGCAUGGCAGGCCUGCAGCUCAUGACCCCUGCUUCCUCACCAAUGGGUCCUUUCUUUGGACUGCCAUGGCAACAAGAAGCAAUUCAUGAUAACAUUUAUACGCCAAGAAAAUACCAGGUUGAGCUGCUGGAAGCAGCUCUGGACCAUAACACCAUUGUGUGCUUGAACACUGGCUCAGGGAAGACGUUCAUCGCGGUCCUGCUCACCAAAGAGCUGGCCCAUCAGAUCAGGGGCGACCUCAACCCGCACGCAAAAAGGACUGUGUUCCUCGUCAACUCUGCAAACCAGGUUGCUCAACAAGUGUCAGCUGUCAGGACUCACUCAGAUCUCAAGGUUGGAGAGUACUCAAACCUACAAGUAAAUGCAUCUUGGACAAAAGAGAGAUGGAGCCAAGAGUUUACUAAGCACCAGGUUCUCAUUAUGACUUGCUAUGUCGCCUUGAAUGUUUUGAAAAAUGGUUACUUAUCACUGUCAGACAUUAACCUUUUGGUGUUUGAUGAGUGUCAUCUUGCGAUUCUAGACCACCCCUAUCGUGAAAUUAUGAAGCUCUGUGAGAGUUGUCCGUCAUGCCCUCGAAUUUUGGGACUAACUGCUUCCAUUUUAAAUGGGAAAUGUGAUCCAGAGGAAUUGGAAGAAAAGAUUCAGAAACUGGAGCAGAUUCUCAAGAGUGAUGCUGAGACGGCGACCGACCUGGUGGUCCUGGACAGAUACACUUCUCAGCCUUGUGAGAUUGUGGUAGAUUGUGGACCAUUUACUGACAGAAGUGGGCUUUAUGAAAGAUUGCUGAUGGAGUUAGAAGAAGCACUUGAUUUUAUCAAUGAUUGUAAUGUAUCUGUACAUUCAAAGGAAAGAGAUUCUACUUUGAUUUCCAAACAAAUCCUCUCAGACUGCCGCGCAGUGUUGGUUGUUCUGGGACCCUGGUGUGCAGAUAAAGUGGCUGGGAUGAUGGUAAGAGAACUUCAGAAGUACAUCAAACAUGAGCAAGAGGAGCUCCACAGGAAGUUCUUAUUGUUUACAGACACUUUGCUAAGGAAAAUACAUGCACUGUGUGAAGAGUACUUCUCACCUGCCUCACUUGACCUGAAGUAUGUAACUCCCAAAGUCAUGAAAUUGCUCGAGAUCCUGCGCAAAUACAAGCCCUAUGAGCGACAGCAGUUUGAAAGUGUUGAGUGGUACAAUAACAGGAAUCAGGAUAAUUACGUGUCCUGGAGUGAUUCUGAGGACGACGACGAUGAUGAAGAAAUUGAAGAGAAAGAAAAGCCAGAGACAAAUUUUCCUUCUCCAUUUACCAAUAUUCUAUGUGGGAUUAUUUUUGUAGAAAGAAGAUACACAGCAGUUGUCCUAAACAGAUUGAUAAAGGAAGCUGGCAAACAAGAUCCAGAGCUGGCUUAUAUCAGCAGCAACUUUAUAACUGGACACGGCAUUGGAAAGAACCAGCCUCGCAGCAAACAGAUGGAGGCGGAGUUCAGAAAGCAGGAGGAGGUACUUAGGAAAUUUCGAGCUCAUGAGACCAACCUGCUCAUUGCAACAAGUGUUGUAGAAGAAGGUGUGGAUAUUCCCAAGUGCAAUUUGGUGGUUCGUUUUGAUUUGCCUACAGAGUAUCGAUCAUAUGUCCAGUCUAAAGGACGAGCACGAGCGCCGAUCUCUAAUUAUGUAAUGUUAGCAGAUACAGACAAGAUAAAGAGCUUUGAAGAAGACCUCAAGACCUACAAAGCUAUAGAAAAGAUCUUAAGAAACAAGUGUUCAAAGUCAGUGGAUGCUGCUGAGGCUGACGUCCAUGCUGUUGUAGAUGAUGAUGAUGUUUUCCCGCCAUAUGUAUUGAGGCCUGAUGAUGGGGGUCCUCGAGUCACAAUCAACACUGCCAUUGGACACAUCAACAGAUAUUGUGCUCGAUUACCAAGUGAUCCGUUUACGCAUCUAGCUCCCAAAUGUAGAACCCGAGAAUUGCCUGAUGGUACAUUUUAUUCAACUCUUUAUCUUCCAAUUAACUCACCUCUUCGAGCCUCCAUUGUUGGUCCACCGAUGGACAGUGUACGGUUGGCUGAAAGAGUGGUAGCUCUCAUUUGCUGUGAAAAACUGCACAAAAUUGGUGAACUGGAUGAACACUUGAUGCCAGUUGGGAAAGAGACUGUUAAAUAUGAAGAAGAGCUGGACUUACAUGAUGAGGAGGAGACCAGUGUUCCCGGGAGACCAGGGUCCACAAAACGACGGCAGUGCUACCCCAAAGCAAUUCCAGAGUGCUUGAGGGAGAGUUACCCCAAACCCGAUCAGCCUUGUUACCUGUAUGUGAUAGGAAUGGUCUUAACUACCCCCCUCCCUGACGAACUCAACUUCAGGCGGCGGAAGCUCUACCCACCUGAGGACACCACAAGAUGCUUUGGGAUCCUGACAGCCAAACCCAUACCUCAGAUUCCUCACUUUCCUGUGUAUACACGCUCUGGAGAGGUCACCAUAUCCAUCGAGCUGAAGAAGUCUGGUUUCACAUUGUCUCAACAAAUGCUCGAGUUGAUUACAAGACUGCACCAGUAUAUAUUCUCACAUAUUCUUCGGCUUGAGAAGCCUGCCCUAGAGUUUAAACCUACAGGCGCUGAGUCAGCAUACUGUGUUCUACCUCUUAAUGUUGUUAAUGACUCCAGCACUUUGGACAUUGACUUUAAAUUUAUGGAGGAUAUCGAGAAGUCGGAAGCUCGGAUAGGCAUUCCCAGCACCAAGUAUUCAAAGGAAACACCGUUUGUUUUUAAGUUAGAAGAUUACCAAGAUGCAGUGAUCAUUCCAAGAUACCGCAAUUUUGAUCAGCCUCAUCGAUUUUACGUAGCUGAUGUGUAUACUGAUCUUACCCCACUCAGUAAAUUUCCUUCCCCUGAAUAUGAAACUUUUGCAGAAUAUUAUAAAACAAAGUAUAACCUUGACCUGACCAAUCUCAACCAGCCACUGCUGGAUGUUGACCACACAUCUUCCAGACUGAACCUUUUGACACCUCGGCAUUUGAAUCAGAAGGGGAAAGCACUUCCUCUAAGCAGUGCUGAGAAGAGGAAGGCCAAAUGGGAAAGUCUGCAGAACAAACAGAUACUGGUUCCGGAACUCUGUGCUAUACAUCCAAUCCCAGCAUCACUGUGGAGAAAAGCAGUUUGUCUCCCCAGCAUACUGUAUCGCCUUCACUGCCUUCUGACUGCAGAGGAACUAAGAGCUCAGACAGCCAGCGAUGCUGGUGUGGGAGUCAGAUCACUUCCUGCGGAUUUUAGAUACCCUAACUUAGACUUUGGGUGGAAAAAAUCUAUUGAUAGCAAGUCUUUCAUCUCAACCUGUAACUCCUCGUUGGCUGAGAGUGAUAAUUACUGUAAGCACAGCACAACUGUAGUCCCUGAAAAUGCUGCACAUCAAGGUGCUACUAGACCCUCCUUAGAAAACCAUGACCAAAUGUCUGUGAACUGCAAAAGGUUGCCCGCUGAGUCACCUGCUAAGCUCCAAAGUGAGGUUUCAACGGAUCUUACAGCAAUUAAUGGUCUUUCUUACAAUAAAAACCUUGCCAAUGGCAGUUAUGAUUUAGUUAACAGAGACUUUCGCCAAGGAAAUCAGCUGAAUUACUUCAAGCAGGAAAUACCUGUACAACCAACUACCUCAUAUCCCAUUCAGAAUUUAUACAAUUAUGAGAACCAGCCCAAGCCCAGCAAUGAAUGUCCUCUACUGAGUAAUAAGUACCUUGAUGGGAACGCUAACACAUCUACCUCAGAUGGAAGCCCCGCGGUGUCCACGAUGCCUGCCAUGAUGAAUGCUGUUAAAGCACUCAAGGACAGGAUGGACUCUGAGCAGAGCCCUUCUGUUGGGUACUCCUCAAGGACUCUUGGCCCCAAUCCGGGACUGAUUCUCCAGGCUCUGACCCUGUCAAAUGCCAGCGAUGGGUUUAACCUGGAGCGGCUUGAGAUGCUUGGCGACUCCUUUUUAAAGCAUGCUAUCACCACAUAUCUGUUUUGCACGUACCCUGAUGCUCAUGAGGGCCGCCUUUCAUACAUGAGAAGCAAAAAGGUCAGCAACUGUAACCUGUAUCGCCUUGGCAAGAAGAAGGGACUGCCCAGCCGCAUGGUGGUGUCGAUAUUCGAUCCUCCUGUGAAUUGGCUUCCUCCUGGUUAUGUGGUAAACCAAGACAAAAGUAACUCAGAGAAAUGGGAAAAGGAUGAAAUGACAAAAGACUGCUUGCUGGCUAAUGGCAAACUGGGUGAGGCCUGUGAGGAGGAGGAGGACCUGACGUGGAGGGCCCCCAAGGAGGAGGCCGAGUAUGAAGACGACUUCCUGGAGUAUGACCAGGAGCACAUCCAGUUCAUAGACAGCAUGUUAAUGGGCUCAGGAGCCUUUGUGAAGAAAAUUUCUCUUUCUCCCUUUUCAACCUCUGAUUCUGCAUACGAAUGGAAACUGCCCAAAAAGUCCUCCUUGGGCAGCAUGCCGUUUUCCUCAGGCCUUGAGGAUUUUGAUUACAGCUCUUGGGAUGCGAUGUGCUAUCUGGACCCUAGCAAAGCCGUUGAAGAGGAUGACUUUGUAGUAGGUUUCUGGAAUCCAUCAGAAGAAAACUGUGGCGCUGACACAGGGAAGCAGUCCAUUUCUUACGACUUGCACACGGAGCAGUGCAUUGCCGACAAGAGCAUAGCGGACUGUGUGGAGGCCCUGCUGGGCUGCUACUUAACCAGCUGCGGUGAGAGGGCUGCUCAGCUCUUCCUCUGUUCGCUGGGGCUGAAGGUGCUCCCAGUCAUCAAAAGGACCAGCCGGGAGAAGGCCUUGGACCCUGCUCAGGAGACUGUAAGCAGCCAACAAAAGAGCCUUUCAGGGAGCUGUGCCGCUAUGGUUGGCCCGCGUUCCUCUGCAGGGAAAGACUUGGAGUACGGCUGCUUGAAGAUCCCACCGAGGUGUAUGUUUGACCAUCCAGAUGCAGAGAAAACCCUGAACCACCUGAUAUCUGGGUUUGAAAAUUUUGAGAAGAAAAUUAACUAUAGAUUCAAGAAUAAGGCUUAUCUUCUGCAGGCUUUUACACACGCCUCCUACCACUACAACACUAUCACUGAUUGUUACCAGCGCUUAGAAUUCCUGGGAGAUGCGAUUUUGGACUACCUCAUAACCAAGCACCUUUAUGAAGACCCACGGCAGCAUUCUCCAGGGGUCCUGACUGACCUGCGCUCUGCCCUCGUCAAUAACACCAUCUUUGCAUCAUUGGCUGUGAAGUAUGACUACCACAAGUACUUUAAAGCUGUCUCUCCUGAGCUCUUUCAUGUUAUUGAUGACUUUGUGAAGUUUCAGCUUGAGAAGAACGAAAUGCAAGGAAUGGACUCUGAGCUUAGGAGAUCCGAGGAGGAUGAGGAGAAAGAAGAGGAUAUCGAAGUCCCCAAGGCCAUGGGGGACAUUUUUGAGUCUCUUGCUGGUGCCAUUUAUAUGGACAGUGGGAUGUCUCUGGAGGUGGUCUGGCAGGUGUACUAUCCGAUGAUGCAGCCUCUAAUAGAAAAGUUUUCUGCAAAUGUGCCUCGUUCUCCAGUGAGAGAAUUGCUCGAGAUGGAACCAGAAACUGCCAAGUUUAGCCCAGCAGAGAGAACUUACGAUGGAAAGGUCAGAGUCACCGUGGAAGUGGUGGGAAAGGGGAAAUUUAAAGGCGUUGGCCGGAGCUACAGGAUCGCCAAGUCUGCUGCAGCACGAAGAGCCCUCCGCAGCCUCAAAGCUAACCAGCCUCAGGUUCCUGACAGCUGAAGCUUCUGGACUCACAGGCGGCAAGACAGCGGGCCAGAACCACAGCUCCACGGCCCAAGGACGGUUCGGGCUGACACAGGACAGGAAAACUGAAGGCAGAAUUUAAAGUCUGAUAAUGAGAUAGAUAUCAGAAUAAAACAUUUAAUAUGUGUAUAAACUCUUUGGAACUAACUGUAGCUUUAGUUUUUGCGCACACACAAUCUUGUCUUCUUUCCCCCCUGCUUUGUUUAGUCACAGGGGUGCUUUAUGCUGGUGUUUAUUAGCAAGUUUUUAAAGUCAUUUUGACAGGUUUUUUGUUUUUGUUUAUUUUGACAUUUAAUUUCUGUCGACUUUGCUUGGUGUUAGAGACCACGGAGCUUAGCCUCUUAGUCCCAGAACUGGGUCGUCCUGACCUUGCGGUCCCUUACACUAGUACCUGUCCUGCGGUGUCAAGCCCAACAAAAAGGGAACAGUGUGCAAAGGAAGCUUCCGUGCUGUGGAGGGCAGUGGAGGAAGGGGCAGGGCGGACCCCCGGUGCUGUUGUACGGAAUAGUAAGGGACAGAUUUUGAGUCAGUGUUGGCCGUUGGUGAGUUGAGGCCAGGUUUUCAGAUGCACAUAGUGCUGCAUAGAGGAUUCUUGCCUUAAAAGGGAGGACUUGACAGUUUGGUUUUUAUUUUGCCUUCCCCUUAGUAUGCGUUGGAUGAGAUGAGAUGGGGUGACAGCUCACUAGGGCACUUGCAAUGGAACUAUUGCAGGUAGAAUGUCUGUCGCUUGUACUGGAGAGAUUCUAAAACCCAGCAUCAUCAUAGACAGGAUACGUGGCUAGAUGCCUGGUUUUCCUCAGAACUUCCUGCCAGGUGGUCCCAGUGGUGGAAAUGCUUGCCCAGUCAGCUGUUGUUCUGACGAAAUGAGCCUGAGAUGCAGUACACCUAGACACGCCACAGGUUUGUAGUAGGCAGUGUUGCCAGAGUCACCAAAGCUGUGCCGUCAUUCCUAUGGAGUCAGCAUUGUGGCAGACUGCCAGGAACGACCCGUCUGGGGUGGAAGUCACCAGUUUAGAUAAACUAGGUCUUUAGUUCUUCUCAGAAUCAGAGAAAGUAAAGCUGUUUAGGCAUUUGCUGAAGGUCUUGACUGGGCUUGUGGGCCCCUCUUCACUUACACACCUCAGUCCCCUCCCUUUGCCUGCAUUUUCCCGUUGGUGCUAUGUUUAUGUAUCAUGCUUGAAGUUUAAUUUUUUUGCACUGUGACUAUAAUACCUCUUAAUUUACAUUUAAAAAUGCUGUAUGGGUUGCCCAUGCCCUCCCACUGACACACAGGAGAGCUUUGCUGCAAUUCGCCCUCUUACGCUUGAAGUCUCAGCAGGCUGAGCCAGGGUAGCUCGCAUUCCCCACACUUCUCCUGAGGCUGAUGCUUCAUGUAAUGCUGCACUUAGGUUAAGUCACCCGAGAGAGAGAGAGAGAGAGAGAGAGAGAGAGAGAGAGAGAGAGAGAGAGAGAGAGAGAGAGAGAGAGAGAGAGAGAGAUAUGCCAUGUGUGUGCAAGCAAGCACUCGGGCUGUCAGGAACCCCAUGGGAAGGGGAGAGUGAGCUUCUCCAAGCAUUAUGUGCUGUUGCCCAUCUGAAAAGCAGGAUCUGAAUUAUUGUUUGGUGAAAUUAAUUUGGCUGACUCAUCUUAAAUAUUUAAUUCUAACUUGAGAUUGUAGUUGUCUGUUUGAUUUAGAACAUCCCUCUCCCCCAUGCGCGCACACACAAACCUUAAUGCAAGACAUCAUAGCAUGUGCAAACCAGGUGAUCUUUUGAAUGUUGUAGCUGUAAUUUGUAUAGUCAGAUUGUAAGGUGGGGUGGGAUUGUGGGAGGUGGAGUUUGUUGUCCUAUCACAGUCCUUGGGGAUUUAUAAACUACCUGAUUCUCUACAUUGUGAUUCGUACAUUUAUGUCCUGGGAUGGAUGCUCUGGCAUCCUGGCACCAAAAUCAGAUUGUUUCACACUUGGAUUCCUGGUGGAAGAAAAUGCCUCAGUAUAUUUUGUAACAUAAGGAGAGUAUUUUUUGUUAAUAUUGAAAAGUUCAGAAUUGGAUAUGCUUCGCUCAUCCAUUCUCAGGGCUCAAAUGUUUUGCCACUAUUCAGAAUGUUGUAUCAAUAGCAAACUUGGGCUGUUUUUCUUUUUCUUUCUUUCUUUUUUUGUUUUUUGGUUGCUGUUAGAUAAAGGUACCUGAUAACUAGGUUGAAUCAUACUGUGAUUUACCCAGAGACCAAGUUGGAAAAAUCAAAAGUAUGAGUUAGACACGUGAUCAGGAAUGUGUUUGUUUGUGUUGGGGGUUGUCCCCACGCUCACUGGUUGAAAGACUUUGCAUUUUAGAGAAAAAGUUGUUCUGCCCCUCCCUUGAUGGCUCCAUGUGCCUCCUCCACUAGUGUAGCAGGAGGAGGAGACAGCCAGCGCCCGUGAGGAGGGAGCAGUUACACAGACACUGUGGCUGCAUGCAAGCUCGGCGGGCGCUGCACUGUUGGGCCGUCCCCUGUGGCCCCUUUGCAAUCCCAGGCAGGCAGAGUGAGUGAGGCCCUGUCUUCUGUUGGGCUGUGUCUGUGUGGCACAGGCUGGGCAGUGCUCCGGCACUUAACCUAGAGGGGAGGCCGUGCUUGGGCCUCACUGCGGUUCUGACUUGAGAACAUUCUGGGAUGCCUGCAGUUUGUCACACACUUGCACAUUUUAGCUAUUAUUAUUAUUUUUGUCUGCGACAUUUUCUUUUAUCUGUAAAGUUGAAAGCAUGACAGAAAUUUGUUGACUGAACACUUAAUUAUGCUUUUUAAAUAUUUUGGUUACGUUUCUUCUUUUUUCGUUCAUAUUAUGUGAAAUGAUUAAAUUUAGAAUAACCUCUAACACUCCUAUAAUUAUCAUUUAAAAUACCAAUGUUUUUAUUUUCUCGGCAGUAGUCGUCCUCAGAAAGAAGCAGACACGCUGUGUAAUUAGCAGGGACUUGUGGCUGCUUCGGUUCUGCCAUUCAGCUCCCGUCGCUCACUAGCAGCCACCAGACAGUGACCGAGAGCGUGGAGGCCAGUCAAAAACCCACAACCACCUGCUUUGCUCGUGGGCCUGUUGCUUUAAAACUACUCCUUGCUCGGUGAAGGCACCUAGUCCUCCUGCAUAAACUUACUGCUGGCAAUCCGAGGCCUUGCAUCUUUAUUUCACAGACCCUGAGCUGAGCCUACAGUCGCAUCCUUAGCCAACUCGGGCUCUGUGUGUCUCCUCUGUGCUUAACAAUGCCCAAGAACCCAUAGCUUCCCAUCUGCUGAUUGCUUCUCUGGAAUUUAAUUAUUUCUCAAUAAAUUCUGUAUUUUACAUUGUACAUGAGACAUUUUAAAGAUAUGUUUGAGACCAAGGAUAGUUAAAAUGACUGUAAAGGUGGUGUGUCUGCCAUGGAGACCAAGUGCUGUCCACUGGUGGGGAAAAUGAUCACCUCAAACUAAUUUGCAGUUAUUAUUUGACUUAUUAUUUUCUUGUCUGUUUUUCUUUGAUAAACAACCACAGACAGUUUAAAUGUCAUACAUGGCCCCAGAAUUUGCCUUGGCUGCUGGUUCCGUAGCAAAAGCACAGAGGUGAAUGGGAAGAACACUUCUGCCUUUUCUGCUGUAAAUAAAGGGAAAUGACUAACGGAGUCAGGCUGAGUGUUCUGCUGACAAUGAAUGAAGUCUGUCACAGCACACCCUGCAGCCUCCUAAAGAAACACGCGUCCGUGCACGCAGCUACCACUGCAGAGCUGCGUCGGCACCUGCUGACCAGUUACCUUUAGCUUUUCCGUUUUGUUUCGUUUCGUUUUGUUUUUUCUUUUUAAUAAUCGUAGCCAAUAAAGUUAUUGUCUGUUCACA